UCUGCCUGCCUGUGGGUCGUUGUGAGAAAUGCACGGCUUGAGUCUACUGAAAAGCUUCGCUUGUCGAGCUGGACUCAAGUCGCAUGUGUCAGAUACAGGAUGCUCGUAGAGCUCCGUGAGAACCCCGGGAAAAUGCAUUGAGGGAUUCGAACCUUCAGUGCCCCUGGCACCGGAGCCCUCUAGACCUCCCCCACAGAAAGACUCUGCUUGGCCUUCUGAGAAGUAGGAUUGGGAAAAAGUUGCCUGAGAUGACCCUGAAUGUGCGCCUUUAUUGGGAUCAGAAGGAAAAGAGGUUCCAACCCAUUGGUCGUUACCCCAUUCCCUACAAGAAAGACCUGCCUUUUGACAUGGUAGAGCUCAUGGAGGAGGUAGAAAAGACGAUAGGAUUUUUACCAAAUACAUUUAAAGUGUUGUCUUACCGGCCGGUGGAAUUCAGGGCUUUCUUUGCUUAUUAUAAUGCUAUCAUCAACAAAGAAACAGGCAAGCUCAGCAGAGCUGACAAGGAACUUAUCAUUGUAGUAACCAGCCUGGCCAACAAUUGCCUGUACAGUGUGAUUGUCCAUAGUGCUAAGCACAGGGUCUUCUCAAAGGACCCAGAACUUUCUGACCAGGUAUGUGUCAAUUGGAGGAAGUCCAACCUCCCUGCUCGGGAAAAAGCAAUGCUGGAGUUUGCACUUGCUGUUUCCCAAGGUGAUGACAUAACAGAUGACCAUUUCACAAAGCUUGAAGUGCAUGGCUUCAAUCGAGAAGAUGCCUGGGACAUAGCUUCCAUUUCUGCUUUUUAUGCCAUGGUCAACCGCUUUGUUAAUUUUGUCAAUCUCAUUCCCAACAAAGAAUUCUAUUCGAUGGGCAGAACCAGUGAUUCUAAUGACAUCAUGAGCGAUCUCACUGGUCCUUGACAUGGAGCAGUGACAGGAAAGACCAGUGUUUAUUAUUUCAGUCAUGUUGCUUUAUAACAUACCAGUUGGAAAGCAAUAUUUUUUUUAAAUCUAGGCAUUGGAUGGAGAAGAAAGUAAAUAAAUGAUUUUGUUUCCUGCUUGCUUAAUGAGAUAGAUUCUAAGGGUUAUGGGUAUCUAGGACAUGGUUACUUGAGCCUAGGGACAUAUUUCAGAAAAUCCUAAUUUACUUGUAUUGUGAUCUAAAAGGAACAUCAGGAGCAAAGGAAUUAAGAGUCUGCUUUAGGUAUUUUUUAUGAACAGACAUCUAUCUAACAGAUAGCAGCUAUUAAGGUUGAAUAUAUUUUAGCUUUCCAAAGCAGUAUUACAUAGAAACUGAUCUGUACAGACUGAUUUGAAAUGAAUUCAUUCGAAGCAGAGUUAACAGAGUUAAAGACUCUCAAAGGUAGGAGCAGCAGGUUCAGUUAAAGUUUAGUUUUAGUGUCUUUUAACUAACCUGUGAAUUUUC